AACAUAUGUGCAUCGUUCCCAAUUUCUACUAACCUGAUUUAACACGGUGCAAUCCAUUUACUACUCCAUAAAUGCAAAAGUCUGCAAAGUUUUCAUCUUUGUCACUAUUGAUUUCAAGUACAAAAUAUUUAUUUUCAGCAUUUUUCCAGUAAAUUUUACAUUUCUUUUUUCCAACCAACGACUUAAAUGCAAUGACAACUGGCUUCCAUAGUGAAUUAUGCGGGAACGAAGCAUUGCUGAAUAAAAUGUCAAUAUUUUCAUCAAGUUCCUCUUCUUCGAUUAUCAACGUUUUUGAGUACGAUGACGAAGUACGAUUAUAGAAAAGUUUUUUUUCACUUCUGUGUAGGAAGGCAAUGGCAUCUUUUAAAUUGGAAAAAGAUUGUGAUUUUGUAGUUUGAAAGGAUGAAAAAAAAUAACUCAUUUUUGGUGUUAGGCGUUAUCUAAAAUUGAAUAGGAAAAAGAAAUUUCGAGGUUUUAGUAAGUUUGAAUAAUUUAUAUAAAUUUUUUAAUUGAUAACAUAUUAAAUAUGAAGCUAAAGAUGUCAUCUAUAAAUGAUGUCCACAGGAAACUGAUUAGGAAACAAAUAACAUCCAAUUAUUUCUUCAAACCUUCCUCCACUCAUAACAGUCAAUGGCUUAGAAAGUGUAUUUUGCACCCCUCUAACAACCUCCCCUCCCCACAAUUUAGCACAUGGAAAUGAUGAGAAAAAAUAAUGAAAAAGAGACAAAGAAGCAAAAAAAGGAACAUAAAAAUGAAGAUGAUGACAAUGCAAGUUGCAGAAUGUCGACAGAACAGGUUCGACAUGCAUUAACUGUUCUGCCAGAUCCACCAAAAUUCCAGAUUAAAGAAUUUUCACCAAAUGUCAAAUCAAACAAAAGAGCUUUACGAGAUUAUAAAGAAAUUUGGACAUUUUCUGAUUGCAAUAAAAUUAAUUUUUUGGGUAUUAAAAAUGACACAAAUCAGACUUUAGCAAAAUUUUGCCAAAGCUUCCUUCCAUCGGAUUCAAACUUUAUGAAAUUUGGACAACCAGACAGAAGAAUUGAGCCAACAAUUGAUAUCCAAGAACUCAGAAAUCACAAACAGCAAAACUUGUUUAUUCAUGCAGCCAUAAAAAACCGCAGUGACAUCAUCGAUAAGCUUUUCAAGUAUAACUUUGAUAUUGAUCAUGAAGAUGACGUCAAUCUUAACGUCAUUGACCAUUUAUGGAUUAAUUUCAUCAAUUCUAAAGACAUAAGUAUCGAAAAUGAAAUUUUAAUUCUUUUGAAAGCAAAUUCUAAAUUUCCAAAAGAAAAUCUAGGUUUUGAGUAUGAAAAGGCACCAGAUGUUGUUAAAAAAUUCAUUGACACGAGUGAAGAAAUGCAUCAAUUAAUUAAAAACGAUUAUGUCCGUGGAAUUCAGAAGUUGUUAAGCAGAAACAACAAUUUGCGGUACUUUUACGACAGAUUUAAUGAAUCUGCAAUGUUCCUAGCCUUAAAAAAGAAUCAAAUUAAUUCAAUAGAAGCUAUUAAGGAUGUGUUAUCGAUUAAUAGGAGUGAAAAAUUGAGCGAUAUUUACGGAGAUUUGGAUUUAUCAAUAGAUUGUGCAUUAAGUCGUCACAUUUUGGUGCUUAAUUCUAGAUCAAUAAUACUUAACAAUACAAUGGCAAGUCAAGAAUGCUGGAAAUUAAUCAAUGACGCUUACAAUGUCCUUAAUAAGAAUGAAAUUUGUUCCAAAAUAUUAAGAAUUGCUGCGACUUGUGAGGAGCUGUUCAUCAACUUUGAUUUUAAGGAACAGAAUGUUUGUACCAAGGAUAAAGCUGCAGAUAAGACAGAUGGAAGUGCUAAAAUCAAUGUCAAUGCCAAAAACUUAAUCAAUUCAAAUAAAUUGGCAACUUUAUGUGAUUUUGUCCAAAAAUUGAGUCAUUUGGUGAUUAAAAUUACAUUUUUGGAUACAAAUGCAAACAUAGAACCUGGAAAAGUCACAAAUCCAGCUCAUCAAGGCUACAAGACAACACAAGACGAAAAAUUAAAUCAAGUUGUCAAAAAAGUCUUCAAAUUUUAUUCCAAAAGCAACAAAAACUUUGACAAUUUCAACUAUUUUAAGUCAGCAGACGUCAAGGAAGUAGAAAAGGCAUUAAAAUAUCUUCAUGAUCCUGAAAAUACUGUUGAAUACGAUGACUUGAUAGCACCGAUGAAGCUUAGAAUUUUGUCUUCAAAAAUAAUAUUUCAAGGGCAAGAAACAACCUUGAAUGACAUGAUUGGCGAUGAUCCCAAUGUCCUCAAAUUUUUGACAUCCGAGAAUAUUCAAAAUAUUUUAUUGAGGAAUGAAAUCAUUGAAAUUGGGGAACUGCGACAGUGUGAGAAUGUAAUUGAAAGGAAGUUUUUAAAAAUUGAUGUCCACAAUGUUGAAAAAGACAUCAAAGAUCAUCAAAACGAGCCAUCCAUGCUGCAAACUAUAAAAAAUCUAAUUUUCUUCGAACCAACAAAACAAGAGAACCUACAAACAUCAAGCUUCAAUGACCACCAACCAGAAACAUUGAGUUAUCAACAAGUGAUGUCAGUUGAAGCUUCAAAAUUAUUCAUCCUAAUUGGUUCAGCUGGAGCUGGAAAAACAGCAGCUUUUCGUGAUUUAGCUGUGAAAUUAAAGAAGAAUUUCCCUAAUUUUUGGGUUGGAUUGGUGAAUAUUAGGAAAAAUUCUAAAGUUUUGGAGAAAUACAGCAAUACAGGAGCUGAGUUGACAGCAGAAGAUGUUAUUAAUCUGUUCGUAGAAGUUUUCAACAUACAAUCAAGAUUUGGCAUCGAAAUCUUCAAGAAAAUGUUCAAAGAAAACAAAUUUAUAUUGCUGAUUGACGAAUUUGAUGAAAUUAAGGCUGAAAAGCUCGAUUUUAUGAUAAAAAUAAUUAAAUUUUUGAAAAAUAAUCAACUUUGGAUAUCCACAAGACAUCAUCUUGCACUUAAAUUAUCAAAAUCUAUCAAAUUUGAUGCAAUUUACAAUUUAUAUCCAAUGACACAGCAUGAAAAUGAGUCACUAAUCAAACAAACUUUAAUGACUCAUAAAUCCUUCAAAUUAAGAACUUUAGACACUGAAAUUCCUAAAGAUUUAAUUAAUUUCAUUGACUUCCUUGAGCACAGCAGCCAUAAAAUCAAUAAUCCACUGACUAUUGAAAUAAUAACAGAGCUUUAUGCUGAAAAUAUCAUCAAAUUAUCACAAGACUCACUUAAUACAUAUCAAGCACUUGACGCAAUUUACAGCAGAUUAGAAACUAAGUUCAAUGAUAAAAUUGAUUUAAUGCUGAAUUGGCACAAAAAAAGGUUCUCAAUCGAUGAUAUUUAUCAAGUUUAUGCCUUAAAAGUUAUGUUUGGAGCUGAUUAUAAAGAUCAACUUGAAGAUUUAGCAAUCAUGAAAAAUUGGAAAAGUGAACAACGACAUUGGACAGAAGAAGAAAUUGAAAGUCAUGGACUCUUGUUUGUGGAUUCAAAGGAUGACGAGAACAAUGUCAAAUUCAUUCAUGUCAGCUUUGCAGAACUUUUCGUUUCUAAAUUCUGUCUUUCUUUCCUAUUUGACAAUUAUUUUGGAAUUGAGGAUGAAGAAUUUGAAAAAACUUUCAAUUUGCUAAAAUUCAUCGCAAGUAAGAGAAUUUACAGAAAUAUUUGUAAUUUUUUAUGGGAUUUUAUAAAAAAUUCUGAUCAAAACUUUCACGAAACUGUUAUUAAAAUAUUGAAGGAUGGUGGAAAUAAUGAAAGCGAUCCACAAAGCUUUUUAAAAAGUUUGUUUUCAAAUUAAAUAGAAUUUUUAAAUUUUAUUAAAUGAGAAUUGUGCAAUCGAUAUUUAGAACCACCUAAACUCAAUAAGGUCUUCCGACAAUAUCUCCUAACCUUUUAAGUCUUAUGGCUAACUUGUAGAUGGGAGGUUUGUUCGUUCGUCUUGUUGUAAAUUAUUCGCAUUUUGCUUGCAUAGAUCAAUAAAUCAUUGCUCAAGUAAAAUCAGAAAUCAAAAUUAAAAUCCGGAAGCUACAAAACAAAUAAUCUUAUAAAAGAAAAAAAAAUCACAAAACGGUUCCUUGGGAUUCCAAAAAUAUUCCUAUUUUUAAAAUUUAUUAAGGAUUUAAAAAACAAAAAAUAUUUUAAGAGUCGUUCACUUAUAUUGUCUGUAAUUAACGGUCAUUUUCAAAAAGAGAACGAUGGAUUUUCAGGAACUUUUAUAGAUCUUUUCUUCUUGACCCCUCCCCCCCCCCAUUCCUCCCCCCCCCCAUUCCCCCCCCCCCCCCCCUCUUUCUUGAAAAAACUGAAGGAGAAGAUCGACAAUGAACCACAUUUGUGCCAUUUUUAUGACAGAAACAAUCAAGGCAUCAUGUUUGACCGCGACGAAACUGGCGAGAUCCUCGCAUUGCAUGAAGACACAAGUCCAUUGUACGAGGAAAUUGUGACUGACGUUAAUUUGAGUGAAUCACCGACCGCACACUUAUUCAUCCUUAAAUCAAAAAAAAAAAAGACAAUUUUAAUCCACAGCAAUCACAAAAGCAAUGGAUUUGCUCCCUCCCCAAUCUCCCCUCGUUCCCUGGACUUCAUAAGUGAACGGCCUCUUUUCGUCCGCAUUAUGAACAGGCAGAAAUCAAAUGCAAAACACUAGAAGUCUCAAAGUGCUUCCAGUAAACCAACCAGCCAAUCAGCCAACCAUAUACCUCUUAGUUUUAUAUCAGAUCAUUUAAAUAAUUGUGAAAGAAAUAAAGUUUAAAUAGGGUAAAUGACCUUGAAAUUUGCGCAUUUUCACACAUGAAAUUUUCAUUUGCUUCAAUCUCUUCGGAGGAUUGUAACUGAGUCCAACUAAUGGUCUUGAAAUGCAGGGAAUCAAAGAUAUUUUCUUCUUUAUAUGUGUAAAGGAAGCUCUGCUGCGUCAAUGCAGAGAAAUUUGACUUUUAAAGUUGAACUUUGAAAUUUGCGCAGAAAACUUUGAAAUUUGCGCAAAAAAAUCUUAAAAUUUGCGCACUUUUUCAGUAGCGAUCUUUGACAUAUUUUAAAGAAAAAUGUGUAAACAAACAUUUUUCUUUACAUUUAUUUGGUGCAUCAACUCUAAAUUCAAGCAAAAAAUGGAGCCAUGGAUUUAAAUUUUUAAGAACUUUUUGAUCAAGAAUUUCUACAAGAAAGAAUGUUUUAUUUUGUGGUUGGUGUAUAUGUGGCUAGCUCGUUCAAUUUCAUGUCAAGAAGAGACAUCAAGAAAAACAUGUCUUGAAAAUUUAUUUCAAGCCCUGACAAGAACAGUUCAAAACUCACAUAUCAAAUAUCAAACAAAUGUCAAUUUUAAAGCACUUCUAAAUGUCAGGAUUUAUUUAUAACAUAUCAAAUAAACAGAAAAUAUUUUAAGCAUUAAACAUAUUUUUGUCUCCAUUCUUUAUUAACUGAUGACUUUCCAUACUUAAACAGGACCUUCAUGGAUGUUUCCUUGAAGUGCUCAAAUUUGAUCAUUUUUGACGGUUUUCUUGACUUUUGCUGGCGUUUUUAUUGAAAUAAAUAUUUAGAAAUCAUUUGCAUAAUUUUUGUCCUAUGUCCUCAUAUCCAUUUCAUCAACAAUCCUUCUAAAAUCCUCAUUUUUGGAUUUAAAUAUUAAUUAAUGUUGACAAAAUUUUCUGUCGAUUUCUACGAUACAAAGUGCGCAAAUUUCAAAAUUUUCAGAAAAUUUUGCGCAAAAUUCAAGGUUCAAAAAUGGGAACUUUUAAAAUGGAAUUUUAAAGCAGUUCUACUCAUCCUUUUGAAUUUGCACCAUCAAAAUAAUUUGAAGCAACGUCAGAUCUUCAUUUUUGGUACCAAAAUCUCAACUAAAUCUAUCACAUACAUCCCAAAAUCAAAUUUUUAAGAAAUAUUUUUUUUGUAUGGGAUUUUUCGGGUGCAAAUUAUUGAGCUUCCUAAUGGUUUAAUAUCACUAAAAAUGAUGCAAAAACAUCUGCGCUGGUGUUCUACAAACAUUUCCCAUUGAUCGUCUGAACAGAAGUGACAUUUUUACAUAUAAUUUUAAAAUUUUCGUUUUCAUACGAGUGCGCAAAUUUCAAGGUUGCGCAAAUUUCAAAGUCAUUUACCCUAAAAAU